GCGGGGCCGGCGGCGCCGGCCAAGAUGGCGGACGGGGCGCUGAGCCCCGGCGUGAACCUGGAGGCGUUUUCCCAGGCCAUCGCCGCCAUCCAGGCGCUGCGCUCCAGCGUCACCAGGGUCUUCGACUGCCUCAAGGAUGGGAUGCGCAACAAGGAGACCCUGGAGGGCCGCGAGAAGGGCUUCGUGGCCGCCUUCCAGGAGAGCCUGCACUCCGUCAGCCGCGACCUGGGGGAGCUGGAGCGUCUGAGCAACCUCGUUGGGAAGCCCUCAGAGAACCACCCCCUGCACAACAGUGGGCUCCUGAGCCUUGACCCUGUGCAGGACAAAACCCCCCUCUACAGCCAGCUCCUCCAGGCCUACAAAUGGUCAAACAAGUUGCAGUACCAUGCUGGGCUGGCAUCUGGCCUUUUGAAUCAGCAGUCUCUGAAACGUUCGGCCAACCAGAUGGGAGUCUCUGCAAAGCGCAGACCAAAAGCCCAGCCAACAACUCUUGUCCUGCCUCCUCAGUACGUUGAUGAUGUGAUCAGUCGGAUUGACAGGAUGUUCCCUGAAAUGUCCAUCCAGCUCUCCCGGCCAAAUGGAACCUCUGCAAUGCUUCUGGUGACCUUGGGCAAGGUGCUGAAGGUGAUCGUGGUGAUGCGGAGCCUCUUCAUCGACCGCACCAUCGUCAAGGGCUACAGCGAGAACGUCUACACUGAGGAUGGCAAGGCAAUCAUAUUUAUAAGGCUUUCCUGUUUCAUCUUCCCCAACACCCUUUGCCCAGGAUUUUUCUCCUGGGAAGCUGAGAAGCCUCAGAGAAAAAGGACAACAAAUUCUUACCUCAUUUUGCUUCUCCGGUGUUGUGCUCACAUGUGGAAUGUGUUUGGAGAUUGUUUGCCACAGGUGAUUGUUUUGUUGGUUUCUGCUGUGGGUUGUUUUUACUCUUUGGCAAAUCAGUGCCAAGCUGUAUUGGGACUCAGGAGAGAGUCACAAGUUUUUAUUAUUAUCUUUUUAGCAUUGUGAAAGUAUCCUUUCUAAAGUAUUCUUUAGUAUAGUUUAGUAUAGCAUUCUUUAAUAUAAUAUAGUAUCAUAAAAUAAUAAAUUAGCCUUCUGAGAACAUGGAGUGAGAUUCAUCAUUCCUGCCACGAGGGGCUCUGCAAAUACAAUAGGUCACAGCCUCUCCAGCAGCACUGCACUUCAUUUCCAUCUGUUUUCGUGGCAGAAAACUGGGAUCCCACUGCAGGCACACUGGAAAUGCAAAACUGGCACAAGACUCGGAAUGUUUGCAGAAUGUUCCAGUUUAAAUCUGCCUUGUUUUGCUUGGGUUUUGCAUCCCCAAAUCUCUGAGUUCUUUCUAAGCUCUGAAGCCUUUGCUUGAAUUUCUGAUUUAUCACCUUAGACCCCAGUUGCUGUGUUCCUAGUGUCUGCUGAGAAAACAUUUUUGCAGUGUACCAGCACAUCAAGAGCCCAAGGUUCAGCUUUCACUCUUCUGAGAGCCAUUGAGAAACCUUGGCUGUUUUUUUGGCUUGAUAAACACAACAGAGAGGAUCAUUGGUAGUUGCUCCUCAAGAAUUUGCUUGCCAGCAGCAGCACAUCUUGAACAGCAGCUACUACAGCAAGUGUUACCUGUUUCCACAAGUGAUUUAUUUUGUGAACAGCUCACCCUGCUUGAACCCUGUGCCUGCACACUCUCCAUAUGGCUCUCCUCAGCACAUCAGGAGAUGUUAACAGGACCUGAUGGCCUUAGCUCAGCUCGGGUCUCUUUCCAGGCUGGAAGGGUCUCAGUUCCUGAGACAGCCACCAGGACUCUCCAUUCCAGUAACAGCACUAAAUACCUCCAUGUUUCACACUGUCUCUCUGGAGCUUUCUCUUCUGCUUAUGAAGCCUAUUAAAAUAAGAAGUUCAUUAUAUCAAGAUGAAUAUUUGGCACCCAUAGGCCAUGUUAUAAUGAGGUGAGAUUUCCUUUCCUUUCAGAAGUGAUAACUGUGUUUCAGCACACAGAAGCACGUUGUGUGCUGACCCAGAGUUCAGCAGCUCUGAGUCUGAACCUCUGUUCUCUGGGAAAGGCCAGGAGCUGAGCUGCUGAAGGAAAUAGUGCAGCUCCAUUUCCCAGGUGAGACAUUCUUCCUCAAAGGGCGGAGGAUUGGCCUAAGAAGUAGUAAAAUAAAAAUUGCUUCAUUUUAAUUUGCCUUUUUCAGAUAGGCAGGUUUAAAUACCAGUUUGCCGCAGAAGCAGCUGCUCUCUAGUCCCUGUAUAUUUGCAUAUAAAUUCAGAGCUCCUGCAGCAGCCCCUCUUCACCCCAAGUUCUGCAUGGAAGUGAAAUGAUGGUCUGCUGAGAGAGCACUGACAGUGUGUGAUGGAUUCCCAUGUCACACUUCAUUUGGGUGUGCUCGUUUUCUCUGAUGAAUCCAGUUUCCUUUGAAGCUCCCUUGAAAUACAAUAAUGCUAUAUAUGCUGAAAAGCUAAGUAAGGAGUUCCUUUCUGAAACUCAGCAUCUGGCACUGGGAUUCUGUUCAGCUCAAGGUGAACUCUCCUGGGAGCUGCACAUUGUUCCUCUGCCAUCGUUUGCUGCCAGGGGACAGCAGGCCUUGCCAAGGCCAGCUCUGGGCACGGGGCACUAACCUUUGCCUGCUGUCAGUGGGGAGCAGUUCUGCUCCUCCAGAGCAUUGCUGUUAACACCUGGCUUAUUUCUUGCUUUAAGCCAGUCUGCAGGGGAGUCUGUUCUCUGCUCAUUUAGCUUUGUGUCCAACCCUGGGCUGUGUGACUGCUCCUGCAAGGCUGCACCAACCUGUGACCUUUACGUGGCACUUUGCUAUUCCAGUGGGCAUCCCAGAGAUUUUGCAGACCUGAAGGUCUCUGUUUUAGGUAUAAAUAGGAACAUUUCAUUUGACUGAAGUAGAACUGGAGUUGGAGCCACUUAAAUCAUGAGCAAAUUUGGCUUGGAAGAUUAAAUAAAUGCGUAGUUUGCUAGUUUUGCCAACUGGAGCACAUAUUGACAAACAGUGAGCUCCUUUUUUUUUUUUUGUCACUAAUUAACUACUCUGGUAAUUGGAGAAUAAGAAUUAAGAUUGUGCUCUCACAGUGAUUUGCUUUCCUUAUUGUGCCUGCUGGGAAUGAGCGAUUGCAGUCAGUUAGGAAGAGAGUCCAUUGCAAUUCCUUCCCUGUCACAACAGAUGCUGUUGGGAAGGUACUUCAGUCAGGCUUCUACACCAUUCUGGCUUCUCAGUUGCUAGCCUGAUAGCAUGAAAAAUGCACCAGCAUUAAGGAGACACACACAAAAAAAGUAAGAAAAAGAUCAGUGAGUAUCAUCCUUAUUAAAUAACAGAAAUAUGGAGAACCCUCAGGAACACAGUAGGCGGUGAUAAUUUUUCCAGGGAGCAGUUUACACAGUCAUUGUUGAUUUGGGACUUAGCUUAUGUAUUCCUAGGAAACAUUUAAUAUUUGUAAACAACAGGGAGAUGAGGAAUUAGGUGCUAACAUGCAAUAUGGCAAUGCUGAAGUGCCUCUUUUCUGUAAGGCAA